GUUUCACCGUCCAGGACAAUCUUGACGCCAUCCGGGUUGUGGUGGUGAAGCCGGGUCCUCCAGGUUUCCCGUACUUGGCGUUUAGUUCCAUGAUAGCCAGCAGUAGCGGAGGGCGACUCCUUGUUGCCGAACUGGACCAUGAUCGCGUCCAGCAGCUUGUGCAAUGGAUCCAGUCCAUUUUCCAUCGCGAUAUCCGGACCGGUUCGCAUCGUUCAGCCAUUCAUUGGCAGCAUUUUCGAACUGCGGAUGGGCCUCCUUGGCCUUCUUGGCGAGGCGGCGGUGAAAGUAUGGAUCCUCGUAGAAAUGGCCUUCGAGCUCUCGCAUGAUUGAGUCCUGG